AUGGUGGUCUCCGACCUCUCAUCCAUCCAUGUCCCAGACAAGAGCGCGCUCAUGAGAGACGACGCUCCCUGUGAUUGCGCUGGCUGCACAAGAGAACGAGAGACGCCUGGUGGCCUUGUGGCGAAGGCUUUAGAGCUGAACGGCUUCCCGAAGGACCUGAUGCCCGCGCAUCACAUACAACAUUGUUACGGCGAUGCGACUGGCCCCUUCCGUAUAUACCUGGAUCAAAUUGUUGAGAAGGAGAUUUGCGGAUACCCCAUUCGCUUCGAAACCGAGAUUAGCGGGACCAUUGAGAAUGGCUGGAUUCGAAAGCUGCAGGUAAGAGGUGCCCCGCUGAAAUGCCAUGUUACCAGGGUUUGA